CUCUCUCUCUCUCUCUCUCCAAACCUGAGCGGAUGUGCCUCGCGGAUGUCACCCCCCUUCUAGAUGCUUGUAUUUACCUCUAAGAGAUGACUGAUGCACGGCUGAUUCGAAGGAGGCUAACCGGCAUGGAUGCCCAUUGUCUGCAGGAGUAGCCUCCAUGGAUUGGAGCUCAUCAUCACCGGAGCAAACCUGGGGACAGAGUGAGAGUGCUGUGGAGGAGGAUACUUCAUCCAAGAUCACAGGUCACAUGACAGAUUUGUGCAGUGAUGAAACAGACAACUCUCUUCCUCUCCAGCUUCACACUCUCAAGCAGUUUGAGCAGCACCUAAAUGACCUGAAGAAGGAGAACUUCAGCCUCAAGCUCCGCAUCUACUUCCUGGAGGAGAGGAUCCAGCAGAAGUUCGAGGAGAGCAGUGAGGAUGUCUACCGCACGAACAUCGAGCUGAAGGUGGAAGUAGAGAGCUUGAAGCAGGAGCUCCAAGAGAAACAGCAGCUUCUGGACAAAGCCCUCACGACAGCAGAGAGCUUAACCAAUCACAAUGAGGCAGAGCUGCAGAGACGGUGUCAGGAGAGGCAGCAGGAAAUCGACCACAUGCAGCAAGUGCUCGAGACCAAGAUCCAGCUCCUGCAGGAGGAGGCCCAGCUGGCACGCAGCGAGGCCGAGCGGAUGGUCUCGCUGGCUGGAUCACACUCCCACGCCUCUCUCCUCUCCCUAGACAUCCCCAUGGAGGACAUCCCAGAGGAUGAGAGGCCUCCAAGCGUCCUGUCCCCAUUCAACACCAGCAAAGACAGGUUAAUAGAGGAGCUGACCAAAGAGCUUCGCUCCAAAGAGGCUGUCAUCACAGAACUGAGCGGAGAGAAGACGACACUCACACUCAGAGUGGGAGAGCUGGAGGGACAAGUUCAGGAGCUGUCGUCAUCUCUGCUGCAGAAGGACAAGGACGUAGAGUUCUAUCAGGAGGAACUGGGUCAUGAGAGGCUGCGUAUCGAACAGGAGAUGCAGACGGACACCCGCCAUAAGAGCUUUUAAUUAGUUCCCUAGACACCACAGCCCUUCAGAUCAAAUCUGUGUCUGGAGAGAAAGGGGGAAGCAGGAAAACAUCGCCUGAAACCUCUUACCACAAUUAUGUCCAGGAUUUC